GAGAACGACCAACGUUGCGUAAACGACGAAAUACGCCAAUCCAUACCACCAAACAUGGCUUCCCGAGCGCCCAAGCGGCGCAAGCUCACGCCGCCUCAGUCGGACGACGAACGUCCCGUCCGGUCCUCUAAGAGCAUCCAGAAAGCUUUCUUCAAGAGCGCCGUGACCUGGGAUCUCGAGCAGGACUAUGAGACCCGAGUGCGGAAGGGAAAAAAGCCCAAGAAAGAAAGCACUAGACUGCCUAUCAAGACUGCCGACGGCAGGCUCCAGCAGUCACAGCUCCAGGACGACGAGGACGACGAUGUGGGGUCAAUCGACUCGGACGUGGAGGUCGAGGACGAUAUCGUUGUGUCGUCCCCGGAGCCGGAGAGGCAUGUCCCAGAGGAGCCCCAAGUGCCUGAGCGCGAACAAAUCCGUCAAGCGCAGGAGAAACUGGCUAAGUUUGCUACGGACAUGAGCGAGAACCCAGAGGAGCACUUUGCUGCCUUUCGGAAAGGAAUGGCCGAGUUCGCCGAGUCCAAGAUCAUGUCGAUUCAGAAGUUGGCGUUGGUGACCCAAAUGGCCGUUUACAAAGACAUCAUUCCGGGAUAUCGCAUCCGGCCGCUCGCCGAGAAGCAGCAAGCUGAAAAUGUCUCCAAGGAGGUCGACAAGCUUCGAAGCUACGAGCAAUCUCUUAUCAAGGGGUAUCAGACCUACGUCAACCUGCUCACAAAGCAUGCCAAAGCGGACCACCCGUCUUCCCGAAGGAAAGGACAGAGCAUCUCCAGCAUCGCGAUCAUGUGUGCCUGCAGUCUCGUCAAAGCCGUCCCACACUUCAACUUUCGCACCGAACUCCUCAAGAUCCUUGUGGGCAAGCUCAGCAAGCGCACCAUCGACGCUGAUUUCGUCCGUUGCCGCAAGACUCUCGAGAACCUUUUCCGUGAUGACGAGGAAGGCCGGCCGUCCAUGGAGGCGGUUUCUCUUCUCUCCAAAAUGAUGCGAGCCCGCGACUACCGCGUCGACGAAGCCACCAUCAACCUCUUCCUGCACCUGCGCCUCCUGUCCGAGUUCACCGGCAAGGGCUCGCAAGACCGCAUCGACAACCCGGACGGAGAAUCGAAGAAUUCCAAACAGCAGAAGAAGCACGAGCGGAAGAAGUUUCUCAACAAGCGUGAGCGUAAAGCGCUCAAGGAGCAAAGGGCCAUCGAAAAGGACAUGGAGCAGGCCGAUGCGCUCGUCAGCCACGAAGAGCGAGACCGCAUGCAGUCGGAGACGCUCAAGCUCGUCUUCGCCACUUAUUUUCGUGUCCUCAAACUGCGUGUCCCCCACCUCAUGGGUGCUGUGCUGGAAGGGCUGGCCAAGUACGCCCACCUAAUCAAUCAGGACUUUUUCGGUGACCUGCUGGAGGCGCUCAAGGAUCUGAUCAGACACGCGGAAGAGGAUGCGGAGGGCGAAGGUGACGAAGGUGACAAUGUCCAACAAGACGACGACGAGGAGGAGGAGGACGACGACGAUUCAGCCGUGCGAAACACGUCCCGCGAAGCCCUCCUUUGCAUCGUGACCGCGUUUACCCUCCUUGCCGGCCAAGACGCCCACAACGCUCGCUCCACCCUCCACCUCGACCUCUCCCACUUCACGACCCACCUGUUCAAGUCGCUCUACCCUCUAUCCCUCAACCCGGACCUCGAACUGACUUCCCACACCCUUCGCGCCACGGACCCCAACUCUUCGGCCGACCAGGAAGAUGAUGAUCCUUCCUCGUCAACCAAGGACGACGACGCAUCCCCGAGAGUCAACGUCCAAACCACAACGGUCCUCCUCCUCCGCGCCCUGACCUCCGUCUUGCUGCCACCCUGGAACAUCCGCUCCGUGCCGCCUCUCCGCCUCGCCGCAUUCACAAAGCAGCUCAUGACUACCUCUCUGCACAUGCCCGAGAAGUCGACCCAGGCAGUACUAGCUCUCUUGCAGGACAUCACGCACACGCACGGCAAGAAGGUCGCCGCGCUCUGGCGCACCGAUGAGCGCAAGGGCGAUGGCGUCUUUAACGGCUUGAGUGAUAGCGUCGAGGGUAGUAAUCCGUUCGCGACGACGGUGUGGGAGGGCGAGAUGCUAAGACUUCAUUACUCGCCUAAGGUGAGGGAGACGAUCCAGGUUCUAGAAAAGAGCGUGUCCAAAAUAUAGAUGGCUGAGGGAAGACGGGGGGCUACGGCAGGCAGGAGCGAGAAGAAGGAGGCAGACGAGGGACCCAUAGAGCAUAGGCUUCAUCCACUAAACUUGUGUUUUACAUGGAACUACCAGUAUCAACCGAUGGGAUGUGGAUAACGUGUGGGAAAUUGUUCGGUCUGUGACUCCCAACUAGCUCUAUCGCGAAGUGCGAAGCUAUUGGCAGCA